AUGAUUAAAUACGCGGAACUAUCUCCCGAAUGGCAGCAAGCUGGUCUUGAGAAGAUCGAUUUCCGACCUCUGCUAGAGCUUCUGGACCUGCAGAUCGAAAAACAGCUUGACAGAUCUUGGGAAAGCACAAAUCGUGAUGCCCCUGAUAUUCUUGAUAUCGCUUAUGACACGCAGCAUCGCUUGUCAACUGACCCAAGGGAUAAGAUAUUUGGACUGGCUGGGAUAACAAGCGAUAUGGUCUCUAAAGCACACUUUGACUGCAUCAUCCUGAAAUAUAACCUGGCACUCCUGGGUAGUUCUUCAAUGGCUCCAAUCAAGGAUCAAUUGUAG